AUGAAAAGCAAUCGAUGCCUGUUUGGUGGGUCCCCUGUUUGCAGUGACACCGCUUAUUCUUGGCCACGUACGCUUGUGUCCACCUCACAUGCUCCGGCGUCUUUAUCCGGCCACUUCGCCGGCAUCCUCAACUCGCUGUCCCAAUCUGAAAUUAUUCCAAAUGAAUAG